ACACGGUACAUAUGACACACUCUCGCAUUUUGUGAGAAUCAUUCCAGUUUUCAAUCUACCAGAAAACGUUUUGCGCCUCCGUUUCUGUUUGUUCUGUUAUUUGUGUUGGCUGUUUAAUCACACCAAAAAAUGUUCAUCCCGAAGGCGAACCGCAAUGCGAUCUACACGGCCCUGUUCAAGGAGGGAGUGUUGGUUGUCCGCAAGGACCAUCGCCCGUCGAUGCACUGCGAGCUGAAAACGAUCCCGAACCUGCAGGUCAUAGUGACGCUGAAGUCGCUCAUCUCACGCAAUUACGCCAAGGAAAAGAUCGUCUGGAACACUUACUACUGGACGCUGACCAACGAGGGCAUUGUCUAUCUGCGCGACUGUCUGCACUUUCCUCCUGAGGUGGUCCCUGCGACACUGAUCCAGCGUGAGCGGGCUGUACGGGACAGCACCAACAGCAAGGCAGUGCGGCAAGAAGGCUUCGCACAGCGGCGGGACACCGAAGGGCGUGAGAUGUACCGCCGGCAGCCGAAUCGUUACGUGGACAAGCGUGGCGACGUUGGAUCCGGUACCGGGGAGUUGCAGUUCCGCGGAGGAUUCGGUCGUGGCAACCAGUACGAUUAGGACGGGAAUGUCGUCUUGUGGAACGCUCAUAUCGCAUGUGAAAUUCCUCGAAACAACCGCAUCGCAGGUGCACUUCCGAAGAAGAAAUAAAAGCAAGGCGCUCUAGGAUUUCACAACAUAA